AUGGUCAAGAUUGCACAUGUCCCUGUACAGACAUGGAGAGGCCUUAACCUGGCUGAUGCUUUCUCGGGAUGGUUUCCAAAACUACCUGGUUUACAGGCUAUUGUCGCUCUCAUCGGUCUCAUUGCUGCUGGUUGUGUUAUCUUGCCUUGUGUGCUUCCAAUCUUUAUCCGCACCAUUACCAGCACCUUGUCUUUAUUGGUGGACAAAAAGGCCACAGCCCAGGCAAUGGCCUGGUGGGAAUACCAGAAACUUGCAGACAUAGAGGGGGGUAACUCCACGGAAGACGCUUGGCACCUUUCCCGGGGUUGUUCUUUGCUCAUCCCUUCCAGGAUCAUUUUCCAGCUGGUGCAAUCGAGAACUCGCAUGGCAAAGCAUGGCCGGGCCCCGUUCCUAUGCAAGCAACCCCACGGGCUGCAUCAGCUGAGAUUCUGUGCGGUUUGGAGAACCCCCAAAUCCCACUCCUGGCUGGCCCCGCCCCUCCCAGGAGUCCCCACGUGGCCCGUUUUGGAUGCAGGGGAUCCACCACAGGCAGCUGCUUGGAUUGGCCAAUGUUUUCUCUACUUGCUCAUAAUGAUCUUCGAGAAAACGGCAGUCGCUCUCGUCUUACUUAUUCCCGGUUGGACAAAGCUUCAGGAAAUCCUCCUGGAUUACAUCCCUUCUCCUCAGCUGGAGCUGAUCUUGGUGAUUCUGGUGGUUCCUUUUAUAGUCAACGCUGUUAUGUUCUGGGUUGUGGACAGCUUGACGAUGAAAAAACACAAGGGGAAGGAAAAGCUGGAAGUCAGCACGACGGAAUAUCCUGAAGCUUUGAAAGAUGACGAUAUCCAGGUCCUCCUUUGUCCCACUUUGGAUUUUGACAGUUCCAGGAGUGACGUCGAUCUCCUGGAGUCUCUUCCUCAGAGCAGGAGCCCAAGCUUAAAAAACUGAGAUCAUUGAGUGGCCCUUCAAUAAUUCCUAAUUCAACAACAACAACAACAAAAGAAACUUCAUUUUAGAGACCACACACUGGAGACACUGUACAGCGUGAACCACUGAAGCAUCCUAAGGCGGUUUGCACCCAUGGCCUGCUGCAUUUUGUAAUAUGGCGCUGGGUUGUUUGAGGGGCUUAAAAUUGUGGGGUUUUUGAUUGUGUAUUGUCCUGCUGAUUCUAGAUGGACUGUUUAUUCUGGCUGGCCAGUUGGCAAUAGUUUUGGAUUGAUUCUACACCGUAGCACUUUUUUAAAACAAAAAAAAGGAAAAGAACGAGAAAGGAAAGAAAGCAAGCAAGAAACAAAGAAAGAGAGAGAGAAAAAGAGAGAAAUAAAGGAAGGAAGGAAGGAAAGAAGGAAGGAAAGAAAGAAAA